ACCGUUACGUGACCGGAUAUGCGAUUUCCAAACAUUGGUGGGAUGUGCAGGCUAAUACAAUGAAGCUCCGAAUAACUCCUAAUGUAUGCACGUGUGGUUAUUUUCUUACAACUGAUGAUAUGCAGGUAUACCGAAAGCAGUUUUAGUUAGCAAACAAGUUAAAUGUAUUUUCUUUACCGACUCGUUCUUGCAGAGUACAACCAUGUUGAAUAGCUAGCAAGCUAGAUAGCAUUCAAGCUAUAUUGACUGACUGACCAACAUUAUUACUGACAACAACUCACAGUAGACGGAGGGAGAUGGCUGGUCAACUACUUGAAUUUGAGACGGAGAUGUUCCUGAGUUUGUUUGGCUCGGACGGGCUGCUGGUGACUGCGGAAGGCAUGGGGAUAGACCGCAUCCUGCUGCAGUUCAUGCGGGUGUACUCCGAGGAGGGGAGUCUGGUGCUGCUGCUGAACACUACCACGCCCGAGCAGGAGUUCUUCACAGAGCAGCUGCGAGCUGAGGGAGUGAGCCACCUGCCCCGGACAGUAACCAGUGAUGUUCAGAGUACAGAGCGCUACGAAGUUUAUACAAAGGGAGGGGUCCUGUUUGUCACCAGCCGUAUCCUAGUGGUGGACUUCCUCACUGACAGGAUACCUGCACACCUCAUCUCGGGUAUACUGGUGUACCGGGCUCAUAAGAUAAUUGAGUCUUGCCAGGAAGCCUUCAUCUUGAGACUGUUCAGACAGAAGAAUAAGACAGGCUUCAUUAAGGCCUUCACAGACAAGGCCACAUCCUUCUCCUCAGGCUUCUGUCAGGUGGAGAGAGUCAUGAGGAACCUCUUUGUCAAGAAACUUUUCCUCUGGCCCAGGUUCCAGGCGUCAGUGAACUCGGUUUUGGACAGACACAAGCCAGAGGUGGUGGAGCUGCAUGUGUCUCUGACCCCGGCCAUGAGGGCCAUCCAGAGCUCUGUCCUGGACAUCAUGAACGCCUGUCUGAAGGAGCUGAAGCGCUACAACCCCACGCUGGAGGCAGAGGACCUCUCCCUGGAGAAUACCCUUGGGAAUGCCUUUGAAAAGACCAUCCGUCACUACCUGGACCCUCUGUGGCACCAGCUGGGAGCCAAGACCAAGUCUUUGGUCCAGGACCUGAAGAUCUUACGUACCCUGCUGCUCUACCUCACCCAGUACGACUGUGUCACCUUCCUCAACCUCCUCGAGUCACUCCGCUCCAGCCAGAAAAACUUUGGAAGCAACUCUGGGUGGUUGUUCCUGGACUCCAGCACCUCCAUGUUUAUUAACGCCAGGAGUCGGGUGUACUGCAUUCCUGAGUCCAGGAAGAAACUCAAGGUGGGAGCUGACACAGAAAAACAACAAAGCACUUCAGAGGUGAAGAGGGUGCUGGUGCUGGAGCAGAACCCAAAGUGGGAGGCUCUGACAGAGGUGCUGCAGGAGAUAGAGAAGGAGAACAAGAGCUCUGAACUCAAACCAGGCCACAUCUUGAUCUGUGCCAGUGAUGACAGAACCUGUGCUCAACUUCAUGAGUACAUCAGUCGUGGCUCAGACUCCCUACUCAAUAGACUCUACGCUCGCACCAUUGGCAAAAGAGAUGCCCUUUUCGACCCAGACGCACACAAACAACAGGGCCAGAGUUGGGCCAGGAAACAACAGCCUGAGAAAGAGACCAAAGGAAAAAAAGCCAAAGGGAAGGCGGGAACCAGGACAAACUCAAAGAGUAAAAAGAGGCCGUCUCUGACCCUGACUCAAAUGGUUGGAAACAGAGAGGGGGAUGAGGGAGAAGUGAUGGGCAGCAGUGGGGAUGAGGGAGGCCUGUUGGAAAAGGAGGAGGAGGAGCUAAAGUUAGACUUGUCGUCUGACGCCUACUACGGUGUUCUGAAAGAGCCAUUGACUGUUAUCCACCCUCUGAGGGGCUGCACUGACCCCUACAGUCUGACGCGGGUACUGCACGAGGUGGAGCCCAGUUUUGUGGUGCUUUAUGACGCUGAGCUCAGCUUUGUUCGUCAGCUGGAGAUUUACAAAGCCUCCAGACCGGGGAAACCACUGAGGGUGUACUUCCUGAUCUAUGGUGGCUCCACUGAGGAGCAGAGGUACUUGACUGGUCUGGCUAAAGAGAAACAAGCCUUUGAACACCUCAUCAGAGAGAAGGCCACUAUGGUAGUUCCUGAGGAGAGAGAGGGAAGAGAAGACACCAACCUGGAUCUGAGCAGGAGUCAGGAGCCUGCUUACUCUACUACCAACACACGCAAAGCGGGGGGCCAGGAGCAGCCCAAGGAGCCGUCCCGUGUGAUUGUGGACAUGCGUGAGUUCCGCAGUGAGCUCCCUUCCCUCCUCCACCGACGCGGCCUGGACAUCGAGCCUGUCACCCUGGAGGUGGGCGAUUACAUCCUCACUGCCGACACCUGCGUGGAGCGCAAGAGCGUCAGUGACCUGAUUGGCUCGCUUCAGAGCGGACGCCUCUACACCCAGUGCCUGUCCAUGACACGGUACUACCGGAAGCCCGUCCUGCUGAUCGAGUUCGACUCGGCCAAGCCCUUUUCCCUGGUGGCCCGCACCGACUUCCGCCAGGAGAUCUCAGCUAACGACGUCACCUCCAAGCUGACCCUCCUCACCCUGCACUUCCCCCGCCUCAGGAUCCUUUGGUGCCCCUCCCCACACGCCACCGCAGAACUUUUCCAGGAGCUGAAGAAAGGUCGACCCGAGCCGGAUGCCGCCGCGGCCCAGGCCAUCACUGCCGAGUCGGACACGGUGGCAGAGUCAGCUGACCUCUUCAACCCUGGGCCAUACGACUUCCUGCUUCGGAUGCCAGGGGUUAAUGCGAAGAACUACAGGGCUCUGGUUAAACACGCAGAUAGCCUGGCACACCUAGCCAAACUAAGCCAGGAAAGGCUAGCACAGAUUCUGGGGCAUGCUGGCAAUGGGAAGUCGCUCUAUGAGUUCCUGCAUAAUACUGUGGACAUCCCUGCCCCUGCUCAGAAAAGUAAAUAGUCAUACACUUUAAAGGAACAGAUGCUGAUAUGUGAUAUCAGCUAUGCUCAGGUUUGACUUUUAGAAAGACUAUGGAAGGAACUGUGCCUUGUGUAUGGACUGAACUCAAUUGUGUUGUCAUUGUACGUGUUUGUGAAUUUUGUUAUCCAACUUUGACUUUGUAAAUCUUUGAAUAUGUAAAUGGAUGUUUUGCUUACAUGAGCUGAAUUAUAUUUAGGAUCUGCUGUUGGAUUUGAUACUUGCAGUACUGUAGUGGAAAACUGAGGAUACAGAGGAGUCAGUAAGCAGAAAGUGUUUUAAAUCGAGUGUGAAACAUCCGGUCUGUGGGUGGUUUCAUAAAAACAAUCAAAUAAAUGUGUGGGAGGAACGAUGUCAAUAUACUUUCAAAUUACUAAAACCAAAUAGAAACUAAACUAAUAGAAACUAAACCAACUAAACCAAAAAUUCCAGUUUUAACAGCAAGGAAAUAUAACACAGUUUCAGUGCGGCCCUCCAAACCUAAUUGAUGAUCAAAUGUGGCCCCCGGGGCGAAAUUUGUUUGACACCCCUGUUUUAAAACAAAUUAAAGUUUAUUUGUUGCAUUUACAGCAUACAACAUAUAUUAAUACUGCCCAGGGAAAUGCUUAGUUACAAGCUCUUACUCAACAAUGCAGUGUUUAAAUACUAGGUUUUAUUAUGAUGAAUGAAUUGUCUGAUAAUGUUGGUAAUGAAACAUUUUUAUACUGUUUGUCAGAACUAGACUAGGGCUCUUAAAAUAUUCAGGUAUUGAACAUUGGCUCGAAAUACGGACUCAUCGUUUGGUCUUAUCUCUUUCAAAAUAAACUUGCCAGAAAGUG